GAGUUUCUGGCAUCGACUAGCCGUCCUGGUACUUGUAUAUUUGUGGCAGGAAACCGAGUAAGGUGCAAAUUUAUCAUUUGUUUGUGACUUAAAUUGUGUUCUUUGUGAUACUGAUUCGCAUCUACUAAAGCACAUUUGAAUACGGACUUUAUUAAACUUUGUGUUAAUGUGAAACCGAUACAUAUUACCCAGCAGCGAGACGUUAAUCGUCAAUUUGUGGUUUCAACGAUGGAGUCACAAUGCGAGUGCUUUAUGUAUUUUCCUGCCACCCAAAUUUCGAGUAUGUCAGAUGCUGCGAAGUACACAACUCUUCCGCGGCGAAACCACGUCUACCUCGGGGAGACCGUGCAGUUCCUGCUGGUAAUGCGGUCUCGGAGAGCCGGAGAGAAGGAUGGUAGCUCUGGUAUUCUACCUUGGAAAGACCUAGUGGAUUCAUUGACUGCUCUGGCCAGUGUGUGCGUCGCCGAGAGUGGACAACAGACACCCGGUGAGUCCCCGGUAGACCUCCAGAGCAGCAGCAGUGAAGACAGUAUGGAAGUGAGAGCCGAGGAGAGGGAAGCUCUAACCACAGACAACCGGACCUUUCGACAAUGUAUCCCGCUUCUCAGCCACAAUGUCGCGCCCAGUGGUGAGAUACAGCUUGGGAGGGAACAAGUGAAGUCUACUCUGGUGUUGGAUGACCAGGUUAUCUUCUGUCUCACUGUAUCUUUGGACAAACUGCCAGUCAGCACAAACAAAGCCAAGUUUGUAGUGACUGUAUGGAAGCAGGAGGAGGACAAGGGGGAAUUAAGGGAAUAUGACUAUCUGACUCUUCUGCAGCUCAGGAGACCAACACACACCUUCAAACAAAACCUGAGCACCUUCAAGACACAGGUCAGCGCCACUCUGGAUGUUCUUCCACCUCCUAGUGUCCAGUGUCAGCAGAUGACCAUCUCUGGAAAACACCUGACUGUCCUCAAGGUGUUGAACAGCUGCUCUCAAGAGGAUAUGUGUGUCAGAGAUGUGAAGAUCCUUCCAAACUAUAACUCAUCAUACCUCCCAAUGAUGCCAGAUGGCUCAGUUCUUAUAGUUGACAAUGUCUGCCACCAAUCAGCAGAGGUCACCAUGACUUCAUUCUGUCGGAUAGACAGCAAGUCAUCACAUUUACCCAGCAUGCUCAGUGCCCUGGAAGAACAGAAUUUCCUAUUCCAGCUGCAUUUAGAAGAAAAAAGAGAAGAAGACUCCAGUGAGGGUUUGGAAGUCCCAUUGCUGGCUGUGUUACAGUGGCACACACCAACAUUUCCUGUCAUGAGAUACAUCUCUACUUUUUACUCAUUGCCUAGUAUCCGCAUACAUCGUCCUCUACUGGUGAUGACAGCUUCCAGUCCCACAACUGUUAGCCCUCUGGAGCAUUUCAGGGUAAAAUACACACUGCUAAACAACUUGCAGGAUUUCCUGGCCAUUCGUCUGAUGUGGAAUUCUGAGGCUCCUACAAGUCAGCUCGACCACAGUGUGGGAGCAGUGGUGUGCCGGUCUCCCCUCAACAACCUGGGACAAUGUAGAAAAGGUUCUACCCUCUCCUUCACAGUUGCCUUCCAGAUUGUCAGAACAGGACUUUUUGAGAUGAGCCAGCAUAUGAAACUAAAGCUGCAGUUUACCGCCUCUGUGUCCACUUCACCCAUGGAACUUAAGUCGUCCCCAAAGAGCUCUCCAUUAUCAUCCAGCCCUGUGCAACAUGAUCUCAGCCAAUCUCAAAACGUUUCCCACCAGCAUCCAUCCAGGCCACGCUACUUCAGCUCCAGGUCAGACGGAGCAAUGGAAUGUCAGGCCAUGCCCCCGCUUAAAGGAUCUGUGGGCAGAGUCCUCUUCUCCUCCAAUGACCACUCCCUCAUUCCACUGGCAAAAAUAGCCAAGAGACAGUGUAAGGUGUUAGUGCUGGAACCAAACCUAGAGGCACACAGCAGAUGGCCUGGAGUGGAGGGAUAUACUACAGAUCCAAACACUCAAGCCCUGUAGUUGUGCCUGGUUGGCUUUUGAACACAGAGCAGCCGCAGGCCCAUUCCAGCCACCAGAACCUCAUCUUCUGCUUCAAGGAGAUACAUGCCGCAAUCCCUACCCGGAUGGAGUCUUCCAGUAAUCAAUGGAAACAAAUGUAAUUGACCCAAACGGAGUGGCAACGAUGUUAUGCAAAGAAGGGGAGGGAGGAAGGGAGUUGUGGCCUUUUCAAAAAGGAAGUGGUUUUCAUAUCCAGUUUAUGUUUAAAAUUGGACAGAAUUUGAAUGUUUGUAAGACAUUAUACCAGCUGAUUUGGUUGAAUAUAAUUGUCCUUAAGCUCUUUAUUUAUUGCUAAUGUUGGAUUCUAAGUUUGUAGUUUUGUAGAAUAAAGUUUUUAAAUAAU